AUGCAACUUUUUGUCAGUGGAAUCGAUGGAUCAGUUACUACACUCGAUGUAGUUCCAACAACUACUAUUGGAAACGUUAAGGAAGAAAUAAAUGCUGGAGACUUUGUUCUUUCAUACGGAUCAAAAAUUCUUGACAACAACACUAUGUGCCUCGGAGAACUUGAAAUUUCUCAUGGAGCAACACUUAAUGUUAACGCUAGACUUCUCGGAGGUAAAGUUCACGGUUCUCUUGCUCGUGCCGGUAAAGUCCGUGCUCAAACACCAAAAGUAGCUAAACAAGAAGGAAAGAAAAAGAAGAAGGUUGGACGUGCUUUCCGUCGUAUUCAAUACAAUAGACGUUUCGUUAACGUUGCUCUUUCUGGACCAGGACGUAAACGUGGACCAAACUCUAAUGCCGUCUAA